AGCACUUGUUUCGUGUUCCUCAUCUCUACCUCCACAAAUCAAUCUCCAGGCUAUCUAUCAAGUAAGAAAGCUGUUAAGAGGAGGAGAAUGGCUGAUGAUGGAAGCAGGAGGGAAUUGAUAUUCAGGUCGAAGCUUCCGGAUAUCUACAUCCCCAAACAUAUGCCCCUCCACUCUUACUGCUUCGAGAAUUUGAGAGAGUGUGGUUCACGCCCCUGCCUGAUCAAUGCCCCCACGGGAGACGUCUACAGCUACCACGAGGUGGACAGCACCGCCAGAAAGGUGGCGAGGGGGCUGAAGAAAGAGGGCGUGGAACAGGGCCAGGUCAUCAUGAUCCUCCUCCCCAAUUGCCCCGAAUUCGUCUUCUCGUUUCUUGGCGCAUCCCACCGCGGUGCCAUGGCCACUGCCGCCAACCCUUUCUUCACCCCCGCCGAGAUUGCAAAGCAAGCCCAUGCCUCCAAUGCCAAGCUCCUCAUCACCCAGGCCUCUUACUACGACAAAGUCAAGGACCUCCGCGACAUCAAGCUCGUAUUCGUCGACUCUUGUCCCCCCCAUACAGAGGAGAAGCAGCAUCUCCAUUUCUCACAUCUGUGUGAGGAUAACGGUGACGCUGAUGUUGAUGUUGAUGUUGAUAUCAAGCCCGAUGACGUGGUUGCAUUGCCUUAUUCUUCGGGAACAACUGGUCUUCCCAAGGGAGUGAUGCUGAGCCACAAGGGGCUGGUGACCAGCAUUGCUCAGCAGGUUGACGGUGAUAAUCCCAACCUCUAUUACCACUGCCACGACACCAUCCUCUGCGUGCUUCCCCUCUUUCACAUUUACUCUCUCAACUCCGUUCUUCUCUGUGGCUUGCGUGCCAAGGCUACCAUUCUCCUCAUGCCCAAGUUCGAUAUUAACUCCUUGCUUGCUCUCAUUCACAAGCACAAAGUCACUAUUGCCCCUGUCGUCCCUCCCAUUGUUCUCGCCAUUUCCAAAUCACCCGAUCUCCACAAGUACGACCUGUCUUCCAUCAGAGUCUUGAAGUCCGGGGGAGCCCCUCUUGGUAAGGAACUCGAAGACACUCUCAGAGCUAAAUUCCCCAACGCCAAACUUGGCCAGGGAUACGGAAUGACUGAGGCAGGGCCUGUGCUAACAAUGUCUUUAGCUUUUGCUAAAGAACCGAUAGACGUGAAACCAGGUGCAUGUGGAACCGUUGUAAGAAAUGCAGAGAUGAAGAUUGUCGAUCCUGAAACCGGUCAUUCUUUACCCAGAAACCAAUCCGGUGAAAUUUGCAUAAGAGGCGACCAGAUUAUGAAAGGUUAUCUAAAUGAUGGAGAGGCUACAGAGAGAACCAUAGACAAAGAUGGUUGGUUGCACACAGGUGACAUCGGUUACAUCGACGAUGACGAUGAGUUAUUCAUCGUUGACAGGCUCAAGGAAUUGAUCAAAUACAAAGGAUUUCAAGUGGCUCCGGCUGAACUUGAAGCCCUUCUUCUCACUCAUCCUAAGAUCUCUGAUGCUGCUGUUGUUCCAAUGAAGGAUGAAGCCGCGGGAGAGGUACCUGUUGCAUUUGUGGUCAUAUCAAAUGGUUAUACCGACACAACCGAGGAUGAAAUUAAGCAGUUUAUCUCCAAACAGGUGGUGUUUUACAAAAGAAUAAACCGAGUAUUCUUCAUUGAUGCAAUUCCCAAGUCACCGUCAGGCAAAAUCUUGCGCAAGGAUCUAAGAGCAAAGAUAGCGGCAAGUGUUCCAAAAUGAAAUUAAACCAAACCCAUCAUGUUAUGGUGUUAUUAUACGAUGCCCGCAUAAGCAAGCUUCAACACAAAAGGAAGAGGCGCUGUUGCUUGAUCCCGCUAGCUUUUACGUAUUUUCUCUUACGUAACAACCGUGUAUAAGUUACCAGUGUGAUUUUCUUACAGAACUAUCUUCUGUAAAGAUUUCAAUCUGUCAAGGACUUUCACCUUCUAUAAUAUCAAAUUGUAUUUUUUUAUUAUAAAAUUAUAUUUAAUUGCA